CGGCGAUACGAAGAGGGCAAGGAAAGAUAAGAGGACUCGAGACGGAAAUAAUGGACGUGCGCUUCGGGACUAAAGAUUGAGAUCGGGAGCGCCAGUAGCCGAGUUCUCUUCGCUCGUGUCGGUGUCGGCAGUUUAUCGAUUUUAACAUUUGUUUUCGACAGUAACCAGCCGUUCAAAUAGCAAUACACUUUUGGGCGUUUCUUUUUUCGCGCAAAAUUCGCUCAUUCAGCGAUAACCAGUAUACAGUUCCGUGAUGUCGCACACCCCACCUGAUGGCAACGAGGUGCCAGAGAUGCAAAAAAAAGGCGAGGCAAUCGUCUUGGAUAAUGAUAAUCCGAUCGAUCCAGUGACUGGUCUCAGCCGACGGGAAAAGGAUUACGUCCAACAUAGCUGGAAUCUCGUCCGUCAAGACUUGAAAGCUGCCGGACUGGGCUUCUUUCAUGCAUUCUUUCAUGCCCAUCCGGAGUACAAGGAGAAAUUCAAGAAGUUCACCGACAUUCCUGCUGAUAAACUCAUCGAGAAUAGAGCAUUCCAGGUGCAUGCGAUGAGCGUUAUGAAUGCAGUCACCAUGGUAGUCGAUACGCUUGACGAUGUCCCGAAACUGGUGAACGCAUUGAAAAAUCUUGGCACGAGCCACGGUCGGCACAACAUUCAAGUGUCUCACUUUCGCAGCUUGGCUGUGGUACUUGUAGCCUUCCUGGAGAGUGCCCUCGGCCCGGAACUGUUUCAAGACGACGUCAAGCAAAGUUGGAUCAAAGCGUUGGAUGUGGUUGUUACCGUAGUUGCCACAGGUUUACCGCACACGUCGCCUGGUGCCACAGAAUCCACUGCCAACUGAAUAAAACAACCAAAAACCUGCUGGGCUUCUCCGUUUUUGCAACUGCUUGAGUGCAUGGCCAUUUACAUCAAUUUCCCCGAAAAGAAAUAAAAGACAAGUAUUAUCUCUAAAUUCAAAUCAUCCUCUUGAACGACCUUCUUUUGUUUUCUUGCUGGAAGGCCACAAUAUUGUUGAAAUAAAUUCCAUCACUAAUAUUUGUGCAUUUUAUUACGCAUACUGUAUUCUCCCCUUCAGUUUCACUACACUCUUCAUUUAUUGUCUUCUCUAAAUCGAUGUUGCAGCUCGUCUUGUUUCAACGUUUUACAUCAAUCUCAUUCAUUACUACUUAGUUACACAUAUACUAAUCGGUGGUCCAAUACAUUUAUGGCGUAUAU